AUGAUGCAAGAUGCCGACGUUGGACUCGUGCCAAGGCGGAAUCCCUUCAAAACGCAAUGGCGCACAAAUCUGCCGUCCUUUCAUGAGUGCUUGGCGUCGCUGGGGAGUCGAGAAAAUUUUCGUAGCUUCGGUGAGGUGUUGGCCGCGGUUAGUCCGACCCCACGUGAAGUCGUCGAAACGUCUUGUGCGCUCACCUCACCGAAGAUGAAUAGGAAUGCAGACUUCUCCUUUUUGACGUUGGAGGUGUCAGACAUCACGAUGCCAGGAACUCCUCCUCAGCCAGUGGAGCGCUAUCAGCAGAGCUGCGCCUCCUCAACCGAGCGAACCCCGCGACGUACCAAUGACGAAGAGAGGGGUAGAGAAAUCUCUCUUACGCCGCCCCAACUUCCUCCAUUGUGCCCCAACGCCUCCCCCAUUGCACACAGUCCUUCGGCGCUAGGGAACUCUUGUUCAGUCCCACGAACAGAGCCACAAGAAGUGUUGCCCACACAUUCCGCUGAGCGCACGGCGUCAGCACUGUUGGAGGAGAGAAAAGAUGUGGGCGCCGUGUUUACGGCGGAAAUUCCCAAUGCCCCCAUAGAUCACUCUGCUCGUUUUGAAAGGGUGACUGCUUUCAUGCCGUGUGAAAAUUUUAUCUCAGAAAACAACAAUAUAGUGGGCGAGUGGGGUUAUAUUAAUCAGCGUGUGGACAGCAUUAUCCCUCCUUUGUGUGAAUGGAGGGACGGGGAUUGGUUCAGUGACACGGUGAACUCUUACGGCGACUUUGCGUAUCAUCAUCCUUUGCUCUAUCAGGCCACUGCAGACACGACAAGAGAAGCUAGAUUAAGGAGGCACACUUUUUUGUAA